UUUUUUUUGCCGCCGCCGUUUGCCGGCGCGGGGCUGGCUUCUCCUUUUGAGCGUCUCCAUCCCCCGGCGGAGGUUAUGAUGGUGCAUUGUGCGGGCUGCGAGAGGCCGAUUUUGGACCGGUUCCUACUGAACGUCUUGGACAGGGCAUGGCACAUCAAAUGCGUACAGUGCUGCGAGUGCAAGUGCAACCUGACCGAGAAAUGCUUCUCCAGGGAAGGGAAACUCUACUGCAAAAAUGACUUUUUCAGGAGGUUUGGUACCAAAUGCGCCGGCUGCUCCCAAGGGAUCUCUCCCAGUGACCUCGUCCGAAAAGCCCGGAAUAAAGUCUUUCACCUGAACUGUUUCACCUGCAUGGUCUGCAACAAGCAGCUUUCCACGGGCGAGGAACUCUAUAUCAUCGACGAAAACAAAUUUGUUUGCAAAGAGGAUUAUUUGAACUCUCCCAGUUUGAAGGAAGGCAGCCUCAACUCAGAGGCAAAGCUCCCAUUUGACUUCCUUGGAAGCUGUCUCUGCGUCAGGAGAGCAGGGCCAGGCCCCCUCCUGCUGUCCCAGCCAUGCCGGGCGCCCCUGCUCACCCCCUUCCGUGGGCUCUCUCUCCGUCCAGCACCCGGGGCCGGAUCCUGCCACGCCAGUCAGUGGGGCCGCUGCUGUGAGCGAGUGUCCUCGUGUACAGACAGGAGUUUGUCCCCGGAUCUCCAGGACCCCAUGCAGGACGACACCAAGGAAACGGACAACUCGACCUCCUCGGACAAGGAGACCACCAACAACGAGAACGAGGAGCAGAACUCGGGCACCAAGCGGAGGGGGCCCCGAACCACCAUUAAAGCCAAGCAGCUGGAGACCCUCAAAGCUGCCUUCGCCGCCACCCCCAAACCCACCCGCCACAUCCGGGAGCAGCUGGCCCAGGAGACCGGCCUCAACAUGAGAGUCAUCCAGGUGUGGUUCCAGAACCGUCGGUCGAAGGAGCGGCGGAUGAAGCAGCUGAGCGCACUGGGCGCCCGCCGGCACGCGUUCUUCCGCAGCCCCCGCAGGAUGCGGCCCCUCGGCGGCCGCCUCGACGAGUCCGAGAUGCUCGGCUCCACGCCCUACACGUACUACGGAGAUUACCAAGGUGACUACUACGGGCCGGGAGGCAACUAUGACUUUUUCCCCCACGGGCCGCCCUCCCAAGCCCAGUCCCCGGCCGACUCCAGCUACCUUCAGAACUCAGGACCCGGCUCCACACCCCUGGGACCCUUGGAGCCCCCCCUAAGCGGACACCACUCCUCAGAAAACCAAAGGUACACGGAUAUGAUCUCGCACCCCGACACCCCCAGCCCCGAGCCGGGGAUGACCGGCUCGCUGCACCCCAUCCCGGGGGAGGUCUUCAGCGGGGGGCCCAGCCCGCCCUUCUCCAUGUCCAGCAAUAGCGGCUACAGCGGGGCUCUGUCGCACCCCAACCCGGAGCUCAGCGAGGCGGCGGUGUGGUAGGCCCGGCGUGGGCACGCGUGUGCGUGUGCGCGGGGGAAACCCCCCCGGUCCCCCCAGCCCACGCGUGUCCCCCCCCUCGCGCCGCACCAGGGCCGGUCACGUCCCCGUGGCCGGAUAAAGCCCCCCCGCCCGAUGCCAAAACGCAUCCCGGCAUCGCCCAUCCUCCCCGUCCCCGCCCCACCGGGACCCUGGGGCCGCCCCGCUACCUCCCCCCUCCCGGCACCUUCCCCGACACUUGGGGGGGCAGAGAAAGGUGCCCAGCCCUGCAGACCCCUCCGGCGUCGGGACCAGCGCCUCUCGGACCAAAGCUGAACUCGCCUGGACACAGGUCCCACCGCCCCGGCGGCACCGGGGGAGGGGGCUGGGGCAGGGCUCCCCCCUGCUAAUUAGCAUCCUUUUAAAUUAUCCCUUACCACAGGAGGGGGGGGGAAUGGGGAAUAGCAGGAAUAAACCCCCCCGUGGCCCCUCCCUGCCCUUAUUUUUAUUGUUCCCGUUUUACUCCCGAGGAGAAGGUCGGUUCGGACCCGGUUUUUGGUGGUGGGGAGGAGGAGGAGGGGCUGUGCGGGGGCAAGGCCCGGGGCUGCCCCAGUGACUGGCUGAGAUUGGGCUCCCACGUGGUGGAAAAGACACCAGAAAGAGGCAGAAACAGGAAAAACACAACAACAACAGCAAAAUAAAACCCCAAACAAACAAUAAACCCCAGAACUAAACCAACCCAACCACAACAGCAGAAAUUUCACCCGAGCCUCGACGCCGAGUCCCACCCCAACGAUUCCCAGAGGCUCCGCCAAUUUACGGAUGUAUUAUAGUUUUUGCUUCUAGUUUCUUUAUUUUGUAUAAAGGAGAAACAAAUAAAGUAUGUUUUUGUGUUUACUGAUUA